AGGGGGAGAAACCAUAGCACAUCGUCCUGAUUGUCCUCUCCCCAGUGACCAAGAGCUAGAGACCCGGCUGUGAUUGUCCAUCUCUGGGUGCUUCCUUUGGAUCAGACAAUCUUUACUCUUCUAGAUUCCCUGCCACCCUGACUGCUGACUUACAGGUUGUUUUUGCUUUAUUAGCAGCAAUGAGGUCCCGCCUUUUGCUGCCUGUGCCCCAUUUGCCAACGAUUCGGGAAACUUCAGAAGAGCUAUCGCAUGGGGCACCUGGGCAGGAGCCUCCAGCCUCUCCCAGCCUGGAUGACUAUGUCAGGUGUAUUUGUCAGCUGGCACAGCCUACCUCAGUGCUGGACAAGGCCACAGCCUGGAGCCCUCCCAACAGAUCCUGCCGGCCAGCCUGGCCUAGAGAGAAGAGGCACCAGUCUGAGUCUCUAGAAGAUAGCUCUCCUUGCUUCAGCAGCCUACAGACCACACUGCCCGCUCCCGGCACUGACAACCCUCUGGACUGGCUCUUUGGGAAGUCACAGGAACAGCAGACAGAUAGAAGAGAUCUACCCAACAGGACCGGUUCUUCAGGUCACUGGGGUGUGCACAGACAGAUGGGCAAGGACUCCGGGAGGCCCUCUGAGGCCAGGGUACCUGAGUACUCCCUGGGAAGAAAGCCAGGGCGCAGGCACCAGACCUCCGACCUGAAAAGCUGGACUUCUAGAAAGCCCUGCCAGGCCUUAGCAUCCGUCUCCAGCUCUCGCCCCAGCAGCAUCCUAGGCACUCUCUAUUUGCAUCUCCCAGUGAUUCAUGAACUCUAACUCCUCCCCAGAAAAAACUCAUAAAGAACAUGGUGGGUCCUGUGACCUCCCCAGCUUCUCUCUCCUGUGGUGGACACUUCCUGGCGGGUCUGCAGGGAUUGGGCAAUUAAUUCCUAGGGAGACCCAUCCUUUAAACACUGAUGACAGUCUAGCUCCCACAAUGCAGCUUGACUGGUGCCGUCUGUUUGUGACUGGAUGGCCCAUGACCUUGAAGUGACUUAGUGUCUCUUCCUUAGUUUUAUCACGGUUAAAGUGAGUGUAGGCGGAAUGACUACCUCUCAGAUUGCUCUAAUAAGGAGAUGCGGGCCGUACUCUGAGUGGCAAGAGUACACAGUUCAGGCUGGCUGCCACAGUCCCACAAGAAACCAAGGGCAAAGGGGCAAGGGAAGGGUCUCAGCCCCCUAAGGCAGUGGCUUUCAACCGUCCUAAUAUUGUGACCUUUGAAUACAGUUCCUCAUGUUGUGUGAUCCCCAAUCAUAAAAUUAUUUUUGUUGCUACUUUAUAA